UAGAGGAAUAGUUGCGUGCUCCUGCUCUCUCUUCGCAAACGUCCACUCGACUCUUGACUGGUUCGCCCGGUUCGCGCGGUCUUUCUUCUUCCUCUACGCUAGGCGAGCGCGGCGGCCCCGAGGGACGCCCGCUGUAGCCAAGAUGAACCCCGAGUACGACUACCUGUUCAAGCUUCUGCUCAUUGGCGACUCCGGUGUUGGCAAGUCUUGCCUGCUCCUUCGUUUCGCGGAUGACACCUACACCGAGAGCUAUAUCAGCACCAUCGGCGUGGACUUCAAAAUCCGCACCGUCGAGCUCGAUGGGAAGGUGAUCAAGCUUCAGAUUUGGGACACGGCCGGCCAGGAGCGCUUCCGGACUAUCACCAGCAGCUACUACCGUGGCGCGCACGGCAUCAUUGUCGUAUACGAUGUGACGGACCAGGAGAGCUUCAACAACGUCAAGCAGUGGCUCAACGAGAUUGACCGGUACGCCAGCGAGAACGUGAACAAGCUGCUGGUGGGCAACAAGAGCGACCUGACGUCGAAGAAGGUGGUUGAGUACUCCGUCGCCAAGGCGUUCGCCGACGAGAUCGGCAUUCCGUUCCUUGAAACCUCGGCGAAGAACGCCACCAACGUCGAGCAGGCGUUCAUGACCAUGGCCGCUGAGAUCAAGAACAGGAUGGCAAGCCAGCCCAUCCCCACGAAGGCCGGCGGCCCCGUGGUGCGGCCACAGGAGGGCAAGCCCAUCAACAGCAAGUCGUCGUCUUGCUGCUAAACGGGCGGGUCGUUUCGCUGCCUGCGUGCGCGGAGGUGGCUCACAGACCUUGGGCAGCAGCAGCAGCAUUUCCAGGAGGCGUGGGCGCGCGGCGCGGAGGUGGCAAUGGAGCGCAGCCGCAGGCAGCUGACACGGGCCUGCAUUGGCGCGUGUACGGGCAGCCGGAGGCGUGGCAUGGCAAGGCGUGUACCAGCGGCUCAUUGAGGAGGCACGUUUCAGUGGCUGAUUCGAGGAAGCGUUUGCGGCACUGGCGGCGCUGAGAUCUAGACAGCGGAGAGCGGCGGUUCAGCGAAUGAGUGAGAGCACUGCCUGAGGCUGCACUUGUGGUGCGGGUCUGGUGUAUUCCAGUGUUCGAUUCCCCAUGGGUUUGAGGGGUUGGGCAAGCGCCGCGGCAUUAGCGGUGCAGGGGAGGGACUGGCGCGCUGGAGUGUGUUGUGGCUGGCCUCAUGUGUUUGGUUUAUAAAGGGAGCGGCUUAGCUUGACCGAUUGCAGGCAUCUGACUGGUUUAGGCACGCGGCUGCUGUCUGGGGGCAGGCGAGCAGCUGCAGGGGGCCCGAGGACGUGUGCGGCGCGAGGGCGGCAGCCUGAGGACGGCCGAGUGAAGCGGUGACCCAUGACAUCGACUCGUAGCAUUACAGCGUGGGCCCGCGGUGCUUUGCGGUUCGCGGUGAGGGCAACCCGACGAGAACUCUUAAUUUAACUGGAGUGGCCAUGAUAUGGAGUUUCGCUAUAUAUAACUAUGACGCAUGCGGCAUGGGGCGUGUCAUGCAAACUACUGCUGUUGGUGCGGCAUCAGGGCCAGGGCCUCCCCGUCCACCACCACAGCUCCGCUGUGCUGCAGCACCGCCGAGGUGUCGAACGCCACCCGCCGGCCGCUGACCUUGCGCACCGUCACGGUGGCGGUCACCGGCUCCCCAACCUGCAGCCAUGCACGGCCAGAGCCAUAGAGGGGCCGG